AUGACAGACUCUCAGAUGGAAGUAGAUGUCGCUCUCGAGACUCCAGCAUCUGAUGUUUUCGCAGCUCCUUCGAUAAAACAGUCCCUCCUACUCUCCGGCGCUUCAUAUCAACAUUAUUCAAAAGUUCCUCCCUCACUUCUUCCUACACCAAGUAGCGAUGUUUCGGACAUUAAAGCGCCUCCAACUCCUGGCCCAGCAUGUGCUUUAGGGGUUGAUGAAGCUGGGCGGGGUCCUGUCCUUGGCCCAAUGGUUUACGGGCUGUUUUAUUUACCUUUACCUCUCUCCGAUCCUCUCCUGCGAGAUACACAUCAUUUCGACGACAGCAAAGUUCUUACACCAACGGUUCGAUCCGAACUUAUGAGGAAACUCUGCACGCCAGACUCGGAUCUGUAUACACAAUGUGGUUGGGCAGUGGACGUUAUGUCGGCGAGAGAUAUUGGUGCCAACAUGAUGAAGCCGGCAUCAUACAAUUUGAAUGCACAAGCCAUGGAUUCUACUAUCGCUUUGAUCCAAGGGGUGAUGGACAAAGGUGUCAACGUGAAGGAGAUCUAUAUCGAUGCGCUGGGCAAUACAGUUACGUAUCAGAAGAAGUUGGAACGUAUUUUCCCAACAGCUCAAAUUACAGUUGCGAAGAAGGCGGAUAGCCUGUAUCCAUGUGUGAGUGCGGCAAGCGUGUGUGCAAAGGUUACCAGAGAUGCUGCUCUGGAAGCAUUAUAUGAAAGCUAUGCGAACAAAGAUGGAGAUCAAAAAAUGAGCGGGACGGAAGUUACUGAGGAUAGUUGGGGUUCUGGAUAUCCCUCUGAUGCGAGAGCAACGACGUGGCUAAAGCGCAAUAUGGAUCCCAUAUUUGGAUGGGGCAGUGAAUGUCGUUUUAGUUGGGGGACGACAAAAGAUAUGCUGGGUUUGAAAGGCAUGGCGGCCAAAGUCGAUUGGCCCAUUGAGGAGGAUGAUGAGACGAGCAGAUUGACGGAUUUCUUCAGUGCUGAUAAUGAUAAAGAUACGGAUGAGCUUGGAACAUGGUUUGGUAGCUCCGUAGGAACGGAAAUAUUCUAA